AUGAUCAGAAACCCAGAUUUCAGCUGCUUUGUUUGCUGUGCUCUCUGUUCAAAAAUAUUAUCAACACCACCUUCCCCUGCUACCUUUGAUCGGAUUCGGGAGUAUAAGCCUUUCAAAACACGGUAUUACACUCAUCAGGAUAUACUGGAGAUUGGAGCAGGCAUUCAUUUUCUGCAUAAUAGGAAGGAAGCAGAGAUACAAGAGAUUAUGGAAAAAAUGAAGGCUGAACUUUGGACACAGGCUGAAAUGCACACAGAAGAUAUGGUGGAGAAAGCGCUUAAAGAGGCAGCAGCAAACCACAAUGCAUUUGUUCAAGACCUUAAACAAAAACAUGGACAGGAAUUAAGGGAAGCGGUGAGGAAGGCGAAGGCCGAGAUGCAGGAGGCCAUGGCGGAUGAGCAGAAGAGGGAAGUGGAAGCAGCGGAGCAGCGCAUGCUGCACAGGCUCCAGCGGGCCCUCCUCGAGUGCGCCCACGACAAGAUGCAAGCCGUGGCCGAGGCCAGGAGGCAGGAGCGGGAGGCGGCCUGGAGCGAGACCGCCCAGCAGCAAAGAAAGCACUCAGACAAACUCAAAGAAGCAGGUAUAUUAGCUGAGGAAGUUUAUCUUAAGAACAUAGAGCAGUUAAAGACAGAAAAAAAUAAGGAGAUGAAUAUUGCCCUGGAUAUCAUACAAAGGAAGAAUCAGUGUGAAACUGAAAAACAGCUCAGAGAAGCAGAGUCCCUACAUCAUCAUGAGCUGGAAAAAGUGAUGAUGACUCUGGAUGCAGCAGAAGACCAGGUGAAGACUCUCAUCCAAAAACUGGACAGAAUGACAGCUUGGAAGGACAGUCUGGAAACUGAAAUACAAGCAACGAGGCAAGCUUUUCAAAAGUAUAUUGAUGCCACAUUUCCUAACCUGUCUCCAGGACAAGCAGACUUUAUUCUGCCACUCAGAACAACAUUGCAAGAGAAAGAUACCCCAAAAGAAGCAGAGGAGAAUGACAAGGAAUAUAAGAGAGCUGGUACUCGAAGUGCAGCAUUCACUGCGAAGGUAACCUAG